UUGCUACCUGUAACGCGUUUUUUGUCUUUUCAAUUACUUGGCUGCUGUCUAUUCGCACACAAUGACGAGCAUAGACGAUCUGUUCAAAAGCACAAACGGCUCGGCGAAGCGCAAGUACGAAAACCCAAGGGAAGCCGAUCCGUCGCAAGCCUAUAAAUCCGCGAAACUCGAAUCGAACAGCGACGUCAAGCGGUCGGCGCAUGUAGCUGACGAGGAGGAGGAUGAUGACGACGAUGAAGCUGGACCUUCGUUACCACCCGACAUGGACGACGAGCCCGGAGACGAUGACGAAGGCCGAUUCUUUGGCGACGGGCUGGACGAGAAUGCGAAAGAUGCCAUGGACUUUCUAGACGCACAGGACGGGGACGAUGCUGUAAGAGAAGAGAAAUACGAUGCGGCAUGGCUACGGAAACUGGCGCUCGGCUUUGAGAAGAAGGUCAACAAGAACUCGUCGCUGCGCGCAAAGUACGAGGACGAUCCGCCAAAGUUCAUGGAGUCGGAGGGCGACUUGGAUGAGGCUAUCAAGGGCCUCAGCAUACUUUCAGAGCACCCGGAGCUGUAUGACGAGUUUGCGAAGAACCCAGCGGCUGGCAAGUUGGUGGAGCUGCUGGCGCAUGAGAACACAGACAUCGCCAUCGCCGCGAUCGAGAUGAUAUCGGAGCUCACAGACGAGGACGUGGCAGGGGAGCAAGAACAAUGGGAUGCGCUGGUCGCGGCUUUCUUGGAGGCUGAUCUGCUCAGUCUGCUCAUAUCGAACUUCUCGCGCUUCGACGAGAGCGACUCGGCCGAUGCAUCAGGCGUGUACCACUCGCUCAGCGUCAUCGAGAACCUGCUAUCACAGCCCUCCAACACGGACAUGCUAGGCCAAGAGACAAAACUCCUCACAUGGCUCCUCGAACGAAUACAAAAGCCCGAAAAGCCCACGUCGCAGAACAAGCAGUAUGCCUCGGAAAUCCUGUCCAUCCUCACACAGUCGUCCCGCCUGAACCGCACCCGCAUAGCCGAAGCCAACGGCGUCGAAGUCUUCCUCACAAAUCUCGCUCCCUACCGGAGAGAGGACCCCGAGAAAGAUAGCGAUGAGGAGGAAUACAUGGAAAACCUCUUCAACUGCCUCUCCUCAAUCGUCGAAGAACCCGCCGGAAAGACCAAAUUCCUCGACGCAGAAGGUGUAGAGCUCUGCCUGCUCCUCGUCCGCGACGGCAAAACAAGCAAAAGCCGCGCCCUCAAAGUCCUCGACCACGCCUGCGGAUACGCCGAGUCCCCAGCACCAACAGCAGCAGCUGUAGAAAAUUCCAAAGACACACCCACCACCACCAACACCGCCCUCCCCAUUUGCUCCGCCCUCGUCCAAGCCCGCGGCCUAAAACCCCUCUUCACAACCUUCUCCAAGACCAAAACCCACGACCCCACCCAAACAGAACACAUCCUCGGCAUCCUCGCCUCGCUCCUGCGCUCCCUCCCAGGAAACUCAGACCCGCGCUUCCGCCUGCUCGCCAAAUUCCUCGAAAAAGACUGCGCAAAGAUACACAAGCUAGUAUCCCUGCGCAGGGAGUACGCGCGCCGCGUUGCGGACUUUGACGCCAGGCUGCGGGAGCGCGGGAAGGGACUGGACGCGGCGGAGCGGGAGGCGCUGGAGAUGGAGAGUGUGGCUGCGAGGCUGAGUGAGGGGUUGUAUUGCUUGGAGCGUGUGGAUGUUAUUCUUGCGUGGCUUGUUGCGGAGGAUGAGGGGGCUAAGGGUGCGGUUGUGAAGGCGCUUGGGGAGAGGGAUGAGGGGUUGGGGGAGCUGAGGGGGACGUUGGUGGCGCAACUUAAUGGCGCGUUGGAGGUGGAGAGUGCGGAGCGGGAGAUGCUGGAGGCGCUGAUUGGGUUCUUGCAAUGAGGUGUACACUAGAUGUGACGAUAGUUCAUGUCUGGAUGGUUUGGAAUGCAUUGUCCUAAUCACAAGUACGCUGGUGUACAAUUGCUUGACAUAUUUGCCUUGCUUGUGUGCAGGUCUGGAGAUUCUUGAUAAUUUGAUAGAACAUCACUUGAAUGACUGAUAGGAGUAGAUACAAAUACAAAUGAGUGUUAUUUGUCU